AUGAGUUUCGACGGCACCCUUCCCGGUCCCGCGCAGAUCGAAGAGCUCACGAAGCGUCCUAUUUCGGCUGGCAACAACACUGACUUCCCCGCGAAUGGUGCCAUGAUCGAGAUGCACUACACCGGCUGUCUGUAUGACCCGAACGCCCCAAACUACAUGGGCAAGAAGUUUGACAGCUCCUACGACCGCGGUUCUCCUCUUGCUAGCAAGAUCGGCGUUGGGCGCCUCAUUAAAGGUUGGGACGUUGGCGUUCCCCAGAUGAGCCUGGGCGAGAAGGCCUACUUGCUCAUCCCCUACAUGGAUGCCUACGGCGAACGUGGAUACCCCCCUAUUAUUCCUCCCAAGUCGGAUCUCGUCUUCCAGGUUGAACUCGUCAGCAUCAGUGGAAAGCGUGCUUAG